AAAUGGGUGAUACAUUCGAUUGGGGUUUUGAGGGCUAGUUUUCAUUUUGUCCCCCUCCAAUUUAACCAAUCUUACUAUAUACCAUCCCCUAUUUAAACAAUUUAUGUAUACAAAUUUUUGGUCCAAUUUGUUGUUCAUUCCCACAUCAACCAACUCUCCCAUCACAUAUUUAUCUAUCUUAAAUGUCAGUUUCAGUACCUUGUCUCGGUGACCCAGAUCCAAAAUUUGUCAAAAUCCCAACAACAACAACAAAAAACCCUAACUCCACACCUCUUCUCCUCCCUCAACUUGUUGGAUGUGGAAUCCUAGGGACCAAUAUCAUCAUCAGGACCAAGAUCAAGAUGAGUCGUGGGAAGUCAGAGCCUUCGCAGAAGACACCAGUAACAUCAUGGGCACCACCUGGCCUCCUAGGUCCUACUCCUGCACCUUCUGUAGAAAGGAGUUCCGUUCAGCACAAGCCCUCGGCGGCCACAUGAACGUUCACCGCCGCGACCGCGCCCGCCUCCACCAAGCCUCAGUACCCCACAACAACCCCUCUUUUUCUCCCACACCCUCUUUUCUUAACAUCUCUCAUCAGGAGCCUUUUGUUGCAAAUGGGGGUUUGUGCCUCUUGUACCCCUUUCCAAGCCCUAAUAACAAUGCUCCAUUUUCCUCUCUAGGCCACAACAAUAAUGCAUGUGGUGACUCACCUUCCACUGCUUUUUCAGUUUCUUCUUCUCAUUCCCUUCAGUACCCUCCAAUGAGGGUGCCUAGUUGCUCAGCUUCUACUUCCUUUGAUUUCUCUGUGGCUCAGCCUGCUCCUCCUGCUGUAGGGAGGAAUAAUAAUGGUUUCUCUUCUUCUUAUUCUGGGAAAGUGGAACAAGAACCACCCACAAACGACUCUUCAACCCAUCAUGGUCAUGGCCGCCACCACCAUGAUGAGGAGCUUGAUCUAGAGCUCCGCUUGGGAAAUAAAUCAACAUCAACGUGAUGUGAAAAUAUGAUUUGUUUAUUUGUUUAUUGUUUUUUGAAAACCACCAUAUGAGGUGUCUGUGAGGAAAGAUCAAAGUCCAAACUCCAAAGAAAAGAGAAGAGAACUACUUUGCUGUACUCUCUUAUGAUAGAGUACUACUGUAAUUUAUUGUUGUUUGAAAAGGCCUUGUAUAACUCUCACAUAUUAUAGCUGAAGAAGCUGAUGGAAUUUUUUUGUUUUUCCUUUUUCAUCAACAAAUAUUAAUUGUUAGAAUGUUAGUUUUUACUGAUAAA